AUGAACAGGAUAUUUGGCUCUUCUGCUGGGAAGAAGCCGAAGCCGACGCUCCAAGACGCCAUCAGUUCUACGGACACACGCAUAGCUUCCAUUGAGGUCAAGAUCAAGAAACUCGAUGGCGAGCUCAUGCGUUACAAGGAACAGAUGAGCAAGAUGAGAAAUGGCCCCGGGAAGAAUGCCAUCCAGCAACGUGCACUACGUGUAUUACAGCAGAAGAAGAUGUACGAAUCGCAGAUGAACCAGCUUGCUCAGCAGACCUUCAACAUGGAAUCGGCGGCAUUGGCUACAGAGAACCUUCGGAAUACGAUGGCAACAGUCGAUGCUAUGAAGACUGCCAAUAAGGAGCUACGAAAACAAUAUGGGAAGGUCGAUAUAAAUAAGAUAGAAGUAAUAUCUCCUUCCUUCCUGGAAGAUCUGGUAGAGCAGGCUAACGAAAUACAGGAGUCGCUGGCACGCUCUUAUGCCGUACCUGAUGUGAUUGACGAGGCUGAUCUUGAAGCAGAAUUGGACGCCCUCCAACUUGAGGACGAUGAGGAAGGCGGAUCAUAUUUAACUGAUCUCAAUAAAGUCCCUGACUUCGUAGACGAACCACCAAUGGAACAAACACAGCCUGUAGCUAAGGAAGCUGUGAAGACAACAGAGUAG